AGAAGGUGAGUACUCUCAUCAGUUUGCUUUGUGUUAAUUUCUUCUGUCAUAUUCAAGGAGAAGCAUGAAGAUCUUAAGCAGCAUUUCCUUAUCUGUCAUUCUGCUAGCCUUUAUUUCAGGCUUAAUACAAGCAAAUGCUGCAGUAGAAUCUGUGAAGUGCAACAACGCAGCCAGCCGAUGCUAUGGGAAGAAUGUAUACUGCCCAGCUGAAUGUCCGAGCACUUACUCAAAAGACCCUUAUGCUAAAGUUUGCUAUAUCAACUGUGAUCAUCCACAAUGCAAGACUGAGUGCAAGCGUCGUAAAGCAAGUUGUGACACCCCAGGAUCAGCCUGCUAUGAUCCUCGUUUCAUUGGCGGUGAUGGAGUUGUUUUCUAUUUCCACGGCAAGAGCAAUGAGCAUUUCAGCUUAGUAUCAGAUACCAAUCUUCAAAUAAACGGAAGAUUCAUUGGCCACAGGCCAGCAGGCAGAACCCGGGACUUCACAUGGAUUCAAGCCUUGGGAGUCCUUUUUAACACUCGCACCUUCUCUCUUGAGGCUACUAAGGCAGCAACUUGGGAUAGUGAGAUUGAUCACCUAAAGUUCACUUAUAAUGGGCAAGAUUUAGUCGUUCCUGAAGGGUCUCUCUCCAUCUGGUAUUCUCCAGAGAAGGAUGUCAAAGUAGAGAGAGUAUCAAGCAGAAACAGUGCCAUUGUCACCUUGAAGGAUACUGUGGAGAUUUUGGUCAAUGUCGUGCCAGUAACUAAAGAAGAUGAUAGAGUCCACAACUAUCAAGUACCUGCUAAUGACUGCUUUGUCCACUUGGAAGUUCAAUUCAGGUUCUUUAACCUGUCCCCUAAGGUUGAUGGAGUUUUGGGCAGGACUUACAGGCCUGACUUUGAAAACCCUGCAAAGCCUGGUGUAGCAAUGCCAGUUUUGGGAGGUGAAGAGAAGUAUAGAACCCCAUCCCUUCUGUCUCCAGAUUGCCAAUCUUGCAUCUUCUCGACGCAAAGUGGUUCAAAGCAAGAGGCUUCAUCUUCUAUUGACUAUGGCACCCUAGACUGCACCCGCGGUGCAUCUGCAGGAUAUGGUAUUGUCUGCAGGAAGUAAAUGCUAAAAAUUUGCAAGUUGCCAUGCUAACAGAAGGCUUCAGUUAGCUUCUGUUUGAAUAAGUAAAUAGUGGCUGCCUGUAGAUGUGGCUUAAUAAGUGUGAUUCACUUAAUCUCGCUUGAGAAUGUAAAAGGGUGUCCCUGUCUAUGUCUAAUGUGAACUUGUAUGUUCUUUCGAUGCAUGUUUGUGCAUUGGAAAACUAUAUUAGCAAAAAAGUUACUAAAGCAUAGAAUAAAAGUAAUAUUUUAUAUA